AUGUCUUCCGCCGUGGUCGGCACCAUGGCCAGUGCUGGAUAUGUCCAGACGAGCCUCAUCUGGGUCACCUAUGCUGUUGCCGUUGUCUUGGCUCUGUUCGUCGGCGCCCUGGUCACCUUUACCUGGCAGGCCCAUCGCGACCGUUCAGCCGUUGUCAGCGCCGUCACCAUGAUCAGUCUCACUGCACUCCUCGCCACCAUCCUGCUAUUACCUGUCGAUAUUGCGCUCGUCUCCUCCACAACUGAUACUGCUCUGGGUGUCAAAAAGGACUGGGCAACUUCGACGCGGAUUCACAACAUUUUAAACACUCUCAGAAUUGUAUAUUAUUCCCUCUACAGCUUUGAUGCGCUACUGUGUCUGGUUGUGAUUCCCUUUUCGUACUUUUGGUACGAGGAGUACGACGAGGUUGAAGAGCAGGAGGGUAACCAGACGUUUGGAAGUCGCCUCUGGGGCGCUUUCAAGUACACAAUUGCCUUUAUUCUCCUCGUUGUUAUUAUCUUCUUGAUUGGUUUCUUCGUGCCUGCUGCUGGUAAUCGAGAGGGAAAGCAUCUUGACCUCGACUUUUUCAAGCGCCUCCUCGACGAAAACCAUGGAGAAAAGGCUCUUACCUUUGGCAUUGGUCUCUUGAUCACGCUGGGAACGCUUCUGUACGUGCUAUACACUGGCGCUGGUCUGGCACUGCUCCCAGUCUCGUUCAUCAAGUCUGCUCCAUCCAUCUCUGCACCGCAACUGUCGGAGAAUACUGCAUCACAGCUUGAGCAGAACCGGGAACGACAGAGACAGCUUGAAAUGCGCAACGCUGGACGUGCUGAUGGAAUGCCCCAAAAGGACAGACGUGAGCUGGAUGCCCUGGCUCGGGAGGAACGUACUCUUGUUCGCAGGGAGCGUCUUGCCGCUGAGGCUCAGGGUGAGGGCCAGAGUUUCCUCGUCAGGACAUGGACCAAGAUAUGCGCCAUCUUCCGACCAAUUAAACUCAUCGGAGGUAUUCUGUUGAUUCUCGUUGCUCUGCUGACUUGGGUCUCUAUGCUUAUCACUGGCAUCGACAAGGCUGCCAACUCGGUCUGCAAGCAACACUGCGGCUACAUUCUUGCUCAUAUCAACGUUUUCCAGCCAAUCAACUGGAUUUUUGUGCAGUCGGCACGCGCGUUCCCCAUCGACUAUAUCCUAAUGGCUCUGCUUGUCUUCCUGUUCUUCAGCAGCUCCAUUGCUGGCUUGUCCUCGAUUGGAAUUCGCUUCCUUUGGCUCCGCAUCUUCCAGAUACGCAAAGGCAGAACCGCUCCUCAGGCUCUUCUCGUGGCAGCUGUACUGCUGGCCCUGAUCGUCCUGGGCAUCAACUACGCCGUGGUCAUGCUUGUUGCGCCGCAGUACGCUGCUUUUGGAACGCAGACGUUUUGCGAUCUGCCGCCACGCCAUGCUGACGAACAGCCAAACUGCAGCAAGAACCCAGAAGCAGUCAAGCCUUGUUCUGAAUGGGUCGACCGCCACUUCAGCACGCAGACUUGCACCCCGACUUUCAUGAGUUCUUUCCUCAACCGGAUCACAUUCAACUGGCCCGUCUUUGGAGCCAUUGACUUUUGGGCACAAUUUGCGUUCUUGGCCAUUUUCUUGAUCGUCUUUCUGACAAGCUUGUUCAGAACGCCCAAGCUCAACUUGAGUGAAUUUGAUGAAGACGCUGAAAUUGACGAGGAAGAAGGAUUGCUUGCUUCUACCUCGAGGAGGUUCGGUGCAACCUGGCAGGACAUUAGAGGCAAGACGGGUGCUUCGAAUGGCUCCGGGUCUGGUAACGGGGAGGGCUCUCACAACUAG